AUGUACAGAAUGCCGGGACGCGGAGGUAGUUCACUGCGUGGCACGGCCAUACGGCCGUCCGUAACGCCGACCAUUACCCGUCGCCAGAUCCAAACACGGGCCCUCAGUACCCGCUCAGGCAUGCCGCGAGCUAUGCUCAAACUUCUAAGGUUGCCAUUAGCGGGUGUGGCUACUGCAGGCGGUGCUUACGCCUACGCCCACAGUAAAAUGGAUGAGCUCAAGAAUACCUUUCAUGGGUUUAUUUCGUCGGCCUCCGACACGGCCACGGACCUGUAUGACUCCAUGUCAGAGUACUCGUCGAGCAUGUUUGAGUCUGCUCGAGGUGGUCUGCGCUCGUUUAUGGGCCGCUUGGAAGACAUCAAGAAGGCCGAGUUCUGGGACCAGCAACCCGUCGGGGGGAAUGAAGAGCCUCCGGAAGAGCCCGAUCCACAGAACGACGAGAAUGGCGGUGGCGGGCUAGCCGCUGCUGCCGCCGCCUUUGCAGCCUCCCUUUCUGGGUCAUCGGAAGAAGAAGAGGAAGGCGAGAAGCAAGAAGAAAAGCAAGAAAAUACUGACGACCUCAUGGUUCUCACACGCAAGCUCAUUGAAGUACGCAAUAUUCUCAAAACGAUUGAUCACGACUCCGACGAACUUGUGCUGCCAAGCAUCGUAGUCAUUGGCUCACAAAGCAGCGGAAAGAGUAGCGUGCUUGAGGCAAUUGUGGGUCACGAAUUUCUGCCCAAGGGCAACAACAUGGUCACUCGUCGGCCCAUUGAACUCACUCUUGUUCAUGUCCCCAAAGAUCAUCCGCCAGCCGAUGGUAUUUAUGAGUAUGGCGAGUUUCCUGGCUCUGGUGGUGGAAAGAUCACAGACUUUAGCCGUAUCCAAAAAGUACUAUACGACAUGAACAUGUCCGUGCCACAGGAAGAGUGUGUGUCAGACAAGCCCAUCGAGCUGCACAUUCACAGUCCUCACGUCCCGGAUCUUUCCCUCAUUGACUUACCCGGCUAUGUGCAGCUAAGCUCGAUGGAUCAGCCAGAAGAGCUACGCGAAAAGAUCCAGAACUUGUGUAACAAGUACAUCAAAGAACCCAACGUCAUUCUCGCGGUGUGCGCCGCCAACGUUGACCUUGCGAAUUCGCCUGCUUUGCGUGCCAGCCGCAAAGUCGAUCCCCUUGGUAUGCGCACGAUUGGCGUGAUUACCAAAAUGGAUCUUAUUGAUCCCACGGUCGGCGCAGCCAUCCUCAACAACAACAAAUACCCUCUAUCGCUCGGUUACAUUGGUGUUGUGUGCAAGGCGCCACAGCAAAUGAGCCAGUCCAUGUUUGCUUACUCACGCAGCCGCACCCUGGUUCAGUUGACGCAAGAAUAUGAGCGUCGCUUCUUUGACGAGCAUCGCGAGGCGUUUGAAGCGCCCAAGCGUGGACGUAACGCUGGUAUAGCACCUCUUGUCGGUACCGAUCAACUGCGCAGGCGCUUAAUGGUCGUGCUCGAGGAGCAUAUGGGCUCGUCACUCUCGGGUGUAUCAAAUGUCGUGCGCUCAGAACUCGAUGAUGCUGCGUAUCAAUUCAAAGUUCAAUACAAUGACCGCAGUAUCACACCCGAAACUUACGUUGCCGAGGUCAUGGAUAUAAUGAAACAGCGCUUUAAGCUUUUUGCUAAUAGCUUUGGCAAGCCAGAAGUGCGUCUUUUGCUAAAGAACGCCUUGGACGACAGAGUCAUGGACAUUUUGGCGCAAGUAUAUUGGUCUGACACAGAGCUGCCUGCUCUCACAGAGCUUGGCUCGCAUCGCAAAAUCACGCAGCAAGACGUCGAUCCCGCAUGGCUUAAUAAGUUGGAUCUUAGUGUUUCAUCGCUGACCAAAAGUGGCAUUGGCAGGAUGAGCACGCAGCUUGUGGCCAACACUAUUCGGUCGCAGCUGGAGCAACUAGCUACGGCUGAGCCAUUUAACCACCAUUCCGAGACUGCUGAGCGUAUUAUUACGUUUGGCAGUGCGCUGCUUCGCGAUCGGUUUGCUGUCACUGCCGAUCAGGUGGAGAACUGUAUUAAGCCCUUCAAGUACGAGGUGGAAAUGGAGCCACGGGAAUGGGAACGUGGAAGGGAACAGUCUGUGCGCCUCAUGCAGAAUGAGCUUGAAAUGUGCAACGAGGCACAGGAUCGACUUCGUAAAGUCAUUGGAUCGCGACGCUUGCGUGGAGCCAUGGAAUAUAUCCACCAACUCGAAGAACGUGAGCGGAAGCGAGUGGCUGAACGUAUGGAGCAUGCGAAUGAGACAGGCGAAUUGGAUCUGGAGGCGGAUGACCAAGCAGACCCAACACGCCCUGGUUUCAAUGCCGCUUUGCUCAUGAAAGCCCGCGAAGCUCGAUUCUUACAGGAGCGCUCAGACAUCUUGCGCUUGCGCAUCGCAGCGCUCAAGUCGCGUCGAUGCAAAGCAGGCCCUGAAUCGCAAGUUUUCUGUCCUGAAACCUUUUUGAACGUGGUGGCUGACAAACUCACUUAUAUGUCGGUCAUGUUCAUCAACAUCGAGCUGCUGGCCGAAUUUUUCUACCAAUUUCCACGCGAAAUUGACGCGCGCCUUGGAUUUGAUAUGUCGCACGAGGACAUGGUGAACUUUGCGCGCGAAAAUCCAGCUAUUCGUAAGCACAUUGACCUGCAGGAACGCAAAUUUAAGCUUGAGGAGGUUAUGAUUAAGCUCGAGGAGCUGACGCGGCUCUACAGCGAAAAGCAACUCCCACACAGGCCCGCAUCGUCUAAAUGGUUCUUUUUCUAA